AUGUCAGGUUACCAAGGAAAAAAGAACAUUCCUCGAAUCACUAGUGAUCGCCUCCUCAUAAAAGGAGCAAAGAUUGUGAAUGAUGACCAGUCCUUCACGGCUGAUAUCUACAUGGAGGAUGGAGUCAUCAAGCAAAUCGGUGACAACCUAAUUGUCCCUGGAGGAGUUAAGAUCAUAGAGGCUCACGGGAGAAUGGUGAUGCCCGGUGGCAUUGACGUGCACACUCGAUUCCAGAUGGCUGACCGAGGCAUGGUGGUAGCAGAUGACUUCUACCAGGGCACCCGGGCAUCCCUAGCAGGAGGCACCACAAUGAUCAUCGAUCACGUGGUGCCGGAACCUGGCGUAGGCUUGGUUGAAGCUUUCAAGCAGUGGAGAGAAUUUGCUGACAGCAAAUCCUGCUGUGACUACUCUUUCCAUGUGGACCUCACCGACUGGAAAAAAGGCACUCAGGAGGAGAUGGAGACCUUGGUGAAGGAGCAUGGUGUCAACUCUUUCCUGGUCUAUUUGGCCUAUAAGGAUGUUUUUCAACUUUCUGACGCUCAGAUUUACGAGGUGUUCAGUGUUAUCCGAGACCUAGGGGCCAUCGCUCAAGUGCAUGCUGAGAAUGGUGACAUCAUUGCCGAGGAGCAGAGACGAAUUCUCGAGCUGGGUAUCACUGGGCCUGAAGGUCAUGUACUUAGCCGUCCAGAGGAGGUGGAGGCAGAAGCUGUCAAUCGCUCCAUCACCAUAGCCAAUCAAACAAAUUGUCCUGUCUACAUCACUAAGGUGAUGAGCAAGAGUGCUGCUGAUGUCAUCGCUCUAGCCAGAAAAAAAGGCUCUGUGGUUUUCGGAGAGCCCAUCUCGGCCAGCUUGGGCACAGAUGGUACCCAUUACUGGAGCAAGAACUGGGCCAAGGCUGCGACCUAUGUCACAUCUCCACCACUCAGUCCUGAUCCCACCACCCCUGAUUACCUCAGCUCUCUCUUGUCAUGUGGGGAUCUACAGGUGACAGGUAGCGCCCACUGCACUUUCCAAACAUCGCAACGAGCAGUAGGCAAAGAUAACUUCACCCUCAUUCCGGAGGGCACCAAUGGAACUGAAGAGAGGAUGUCUAUAAUCUGGGACAAAUGUGUGGUGACUGGAAAGAUGGAUGAGAAUCAAUUUGUGGCAGUGACCAGCACAAAUGCAGCAAAGAUCUUCAACCUUUUUCCACGGAAGGGCCGCAUUGCUGUGGGCUCUGAUGCUGACCUUGUUUUGUGGGACCCAGAUGUCACCAAGAUCAUCUCAGCCAAGAACCACAACUCGGCUAUAGAGUACAACAUCUUUGAGGGCAUGGAGGUCCGUGGAGGUCCUCUGGUGGUGAUCAGCCAAGGUAAAGUUGUGCUGGAAGAAGGCAGCCUGCACACAACGGAGGGCUGUGGGCGCUACAUUAGCCGUAAAGCCUUUCCAGACCACGUGUACAAGAAGAUUAAGGCUCGUAGCAGGCUGACAGAGUUGCGUGGAGUCCCCCGGGGUCAGUACGAUGGGCCGGUGUGUGAGGUGAUUCUUACUCCCAAGGUUUUGUCCUCGGUCUCUGCUGUUAAGACCUCGCCUACCAAACAGCAACAACAGCAACAAUUCAUUCAGCAACCAGUGCGCAACCUCCACCAGUCCGGCUUCAGUCUGUCAGGUGCCCAAAUUGAUGACAACGUUCCACGGCGUAACACCCAGCGCAUUGUGGCUCCCCCUGGAGGAAAAGCCAAUAUCACCAGCCUCGGCUAA